UUAUUUUACAAGAAUGAGCGAGGAUCAAACAAUUAUUGAAUACGAAGGAAUUAAAUAUUAUUUAGAGGAAGGUCAAUGGUAUCAGAUGACUCCAAUUAGAAACGACAAGGUGCCUGCUGGUAUUAAAACCAAAAAGGGCAUUCAAAUAAGCCUUCUUCAAGAGAAUCUGCUGGAUGUGUUCAAAUUUCUCGACUUCAAUCAAUUAUUGUCUUUCCAACAAACAAGUUUUUAUUUCAAAAAUAUUGUUGACAAAUAUGGAAAGGAAUUGGCGAGGAAGAAAUUUGAAAAGCUUAAAUUUGUAUUGAUUUAUAAUUUUUUUUGGUACUAUGCGUUUAUCUUUUCCUUUUCUUCUCGUAGUCUCCUUUCUCAAAGAUUUAUACAAAAUUUUUGA